AUGCGCCGAUUCCUGCUGCUCGUGGCGGCGGCGGCCACCGCCGGCGCGCAACUAACCGAGUUCUCGAGCCACAUCGUCCUCGACGGCUUCGACGUCGAGCGGUUUAAUCGCCCCGACCGGCUCGCACAUAUCAAUUUGUUUGGAGUCCUCAUGCGCGUCUUUUUCGACGAUCCGGACUCGACGUACGUCCGAUAUUUCGACCGAGACGCGUCGCGCUACGCCGAGGCCUACGAGCACGACGGCGCGGCGGGCGGCAAAAUCCCCUACAUGGUGACGUCGCCGGAGAGCUACGAGGUCCUGAAGGAGCGGAUGCGCGUCGCGCUCGAGUCCGGCGAGCUCCAGCGCAUCAUCGACACGCACAGCGAGAGCAGCAUCAUCUCGAACGCGCCCGUGAACGUCAAGGCGAGCCUGCACUUCCUCGGCCACUCGCGCCACGAGACGGAGCCCGCGCCCGGGCCCGCGCCGGCGCCCCGGCCGAAGGACGACGACGACGACGACGGGCUGUCGGGACUAGACAUAUUCCUCAUCGUGUUCUUCGUGAUCCUCUUCGCCGUCUUCAACGUCAUGGCCUUCCUCGUCUACCGGAAGCGCAAGCGCGAGCGCGCGGAGGACGCCAUCGCGCUCGUGCCGGCGCCGACGUACCUCCACCCGUCGCUGCACCACAAGACGUUCCCCGGCGCGGGGCCCGCCGCGUCGUACCGCGGCCGGUCGGGCGCCUUCAGCGACGAGCUCCAGCCCACGGAGUCCUUCCGGAACGUGUCGGACCCGCAGUACGAGUUCGGAACGCUCGGCGGCGACGACAUGGGGAAGGCGUUCGCUUGA